AAGUGGAAAUGCAUUAAACGAUCCUCGCAAACCUCAAUCCUGGCUUAAGCUUCUACAUGAAAAUUAAUCUACAAUGGAGUUGAUUCCUGUAAUUUUGCUGCUGCUUGUUUGUCCAGAGUGUAUCCUCACAGAGAACACCAAAGAUCCAGAUUUAGUUUGCCCAUCUAAGGCCAUAGGAGCAGUAAAAAGUAAGGAUGUCCUGUUGCCAUGUCACCUGGAGCCACCAAUGGAUGCUUCAGCAGAAACAGUAAAAUGGAAACAAGGGAAACAUGUUGUUCACUUUCAUCAAGGGGGAAAACAUAAUUCUUCAAAGCAAUGGGAGCAUUUUAGAGAGCGGACAUCUCUGUCCUCUGAAGGGCUGACCGAAGGAAAUCUGUCCCUCACGCUGUCCUCAGUAAACCACCUUGAUGAAGGUAGAUACCAGUGCUCUGUUCGCACCGAAUCCAUGAAUAAAACGUGUUAUAUCAAGCUCAAUGUUGAACCAAAUGUAGUCUGCCCCUCUGAGUACAUUGAAGUGACAACAGGUGAUGAUGUUGUCCUGCCAUGCCGCCUUGAGACACACAUGGAUACCUCAGGCAAAAUACUUCAGUGGAGACAUGGAAACAACACUGUUUAUGAAAAAGAAAAACAUAACACUGCAAAGGAAAAUGAGAGAAAUACAAAUCGGUUAUCGCUUUUCCCCGAAGAACUGGCUGCAGGAAAUCUUUCCCUGAAAAUCUCUUCAGUGCGUCUUGAAGACAAUGGAAAAUACCAAUGUUGCUUAAUCUCUGAAUCAAUAGAAAAGAGUUGCUCUAUUUUCGUCACAGUAGUUUCUGCAGGUGAUAGAGAGGUUGUGGGUCCACAUGAACCAGUCGCAGUAGAGGUGGGACAGGUUGCUGUUCUGCCGUGUCAUUUGGAGCCCCGAUCUCCUCUCUCAGAUCUGACACUGGAGUGGACAGUCAACAACUCCAAGGUGCACAUUUACAGAAGUCACAGAGAUGAUCCCUCCAUACAAGAUGAGAGAUUCAAAAACAGAACAUCCCUGUUUAAAGAGGAGCUGGUUCAUGGUAACAUUUCUCUUAUACUGACCAACGUAACUAAAGAAGAUGCAGGAAACUACUUCUGCUUUGUUCCCAAAUUGGUUGGUAAAGUCCAGAGAGUGAAUGUUACUUUGAAUAUUGUAAAGACAGAUCAGUGUACUUGUCCAGCUCCUCCCCCUGAAAAGCAUAAGAAUGAUGAAGAACCAUGUCCCUGCAAGACAAUUAUCCAGCAUCUUGGUCUGGGUCUGGGACUGGGACUGGGACUGGGUCUUGGUUUUGGCUUACCUUUGGCAUUCUGCAUAAUUAUUUGCUUAUGGAUGAAAUAUGUAGGAAGAUUUGAUGGAUUUGCAGAACAAGCAAGAGGAAAUCAGAACAAUCUGAGAGCGAUGCCACAGGAUGGUCACGAUGGUGAAUGACUUGGACCCAAAGAGUCGGCUCACCAAACAUCUGCUUCUGAGUUACAAUUAACAAAACUGCAAAUUUGAUGUCCAACAACAAAACCAAUAUUUCUAAAUGGCAUUUUUUCCUUAAUAAAGCAGAAAAGCAGUGAGGAGAAAUAAGCUGUGCUUUUUCUCUUCACUGCUAUUUGAACAUGCCAGCUAUUUUCUUUGGCUAUAUUGUGCUACAGCUGUCAUGCUUCCUUAAGUUUUAGUGAGAUUUAUAGUAUUAUGUAAUAAGUGGGAAGCUAAUUAUCAUUUGCAUAUUCAAAAUAAACAAAUAAUAAUAAACAAUA